UUUAAACUGCUAGAACUACUACACUAAACCCUACAAUGUUGGGUCCUAUUAUUCUGAUUCUCCCCUUUGUGCUCGUGGGCUCCCUCCCCGUGGACACGUCUGACUAUCUGAGGGUCAGGCAGGAGCUAAUAGACCGUGACGAGCACAUGCGGGUCGGUGCUAAUCUGGUGCUAAGUGAUAAAGAAAAAAUAGUCAACGAUUAUUUUAUGAAGGAAAAACGUUCUUUGAUACACGGCAGUAGGAUAAAUCGUACCUCGUUUAUGCCGUCAACCAGCUUCUACCACUCCAGGAAACUGAUCGAGGAGACGCCCCUGUUCAAGAAAAUUCACCAGAUGCCUAAAGGUGCUGCGCUACAUCUACACGACCAGUCAAUGGUCAGUCUGGACUGGAUAGUCUACAACGCCACCUACAGGGACAACGUUUGGAUGUGCCUCAACCACAACGGCUUCUUGAUAUUCCGAGUUUUUAAUGACAGCUACCAGCCUAAAGACUGUAAAUGGAAGUCGGUGGCUGUAGAAAGAAAAGCGGCACCUAACGUGACAGCGUUUGAUUUAAAUAUAAGAAACAACCUGAGCAUGAUAGCAUCGGAUCCUUUCCUGGCUUUCCCCUACGACCAGGCCGCUUGGCUCAAGUUCAACAGAUAUUUCAUACAGGUCGGUCGUCUGCUGUACUACGUGCCCAUCUAUAGAGACAUGCUGUGGCAGACGAUGGAAGAAUUCAGAGCGGCCAACGUUCAAUACAUGGAGAUACGAGGAACUUUUUUCAACAUGUAUGAGCUAAACGGGAUCAUGCAUGACGCUGAGUUUGGUGUUCUGUUGGUCAAACACGUCGUAGGAGAAUUCGUCAAAAAAUACCCCGAUUUUGUGGGGGUCAAGGUCAUUCAAGAGGGCUACAGGAACAAAAACGUGUCAGACAUUCUGGAGGAGAUAAAGAUCAUCAUGGAGCUCCACAAGAGUUACCCGGAAGUGGUUGCUGGCUACGACAUGUCUGGAGAUGAGGCAGUUUACAACCCCCUGUCCUACUACAGCGAGGCUCUACUGUACCCGUCCAGACAAGACCCGCCCUACAAGCUGCCCUACUUCUUCCAUGCCGGGGAGACGCCCUGGCAGGGUACCGAGACAGGCUACAACAUCGCUGACGCCAUUCUCCUGAACGCCUCUCGCAUUGGACACGGGUUCGCCCUGGCCAAACACCCGUAUUUCUUAGAGCUGGUCAAGCAGAAGGACAUCGCCGUGGAGGUGCUGCCCAUAUCUAACCAGGUCCUGCGAUUGGUCAGUGAUUUUCGAAAUCACCCAAUGGCUGCACUGAUGGCGAACAAUCUGUCAGUUGUCAUAAGUUCUGACGACCGGACCACGUGGGAUGCUGCCCCCUUGUCACAUGACUUCUACAUCACGUUCAUGAGCAUGUCCAGUGAAGCAGCAGACUUGACCCUGCUCAAACAGUUGGCCAUUAACUCUAUAAAAUACAGCUCGCUGGUCUCCGAGAAGAAAAACGCGGCAUUGGAAGUAUGGCAGGCCAAGUGGGACAAUUUCGUCGGUGUCACUCACGCAACCUUGACCCCAACCACUACUUCUGUGUACUCCGGUAGCCACAAACUGUCAGAUAACUUGAGCUAUGUCUUCCUUAUCCACACCUGUUUGAUAUCGAUUCUCUAUCUGAGACAUUAGAUAGGAAUCGUAGGCGGAAUCUUCAUAUAGGACAAAAAAAUGUUAAGCUACUUUUAUACUUUACUUGCAUUAUUUUUUUAUUUAACUUUGGGGGUGGGGGGGGGGGAGGAGAGGGGAAGCAUAGCUGGAUUUAGUGAUGGCUAUGUCACAACACUGUAAAAGUAAAUUUGGGAAACUGUAGGCUUAUAAACGUGAACAAAUAUUUUACAUGUGUUUUAGUGUCUAUGAUGCAUCGGAUAAAAUGUCCUAUUCUUAAUGCAAAUUAUCUAUGGGUGGAUUUAACCCCCCCCCUCCCCUCAUUGCCCCUUCAGCAAAAAAAAAAAAUAAAACUAGAUCCAUUUAUAGAUAAAGGAAGGGAAAUUUGAUGAAAAAUCACAACAACUCCUUCGUGUCUCAAUUCUGAAAGCAACAUUAUCUUCUCUACCUGCUAUACAGCUCAUUAGAUCUGAAAGAAACAUCUACUCUACUCCACCUACAAUACGGCUCUUUAGAUCUGAAAGAACAAUAUACGGAACACUUUAUCGUCGAUACGGCCCGUUAAAUCUUAAAGCUACAUAUAGGCUACUCUACACUAUCUGCACUACGGUUGCAGUUUCGUUCUAACUUUACUCAACUGUUUAAAAAAAAAAUUGAAAUCUUUUUAUUUUAACAAAAUAAAAAGUUUUUGUUUUUGUUUAUCAAAUUCUUACCUUAAACAUCUAACAGGGGUUUUAAUCAUGUAUUUAAGUGUGUGUGUAUGUGUGUGUUGGUAUUUGUAUAUGUAUGUGUGUGUGUUUCCAAUGCCCUAAUCAGUCAAAAUAUAUUUUUAAAACUUUAAAUUAAUAUUUUUUAUUGAACUUAUCUACGUGUACGUAUUUCUUAGCAUUAAUUUUAAUUGCUAAUACACUUAAAGGAUAUUGUGUUAUUAUAUUUUUAUCAUUAUGUUGAUUGCGGUAUGUCAGCGACCGUUUACUUUUUAAAUUUUUAUUUGCUUUUACACGUAUCUCCAUGAUAUAUAUAUAUAUAUAUAUUCACGCGUGAAUUAAUUGUUUAUGUAAACAAAAACAGAUAAAACUGUAGUUAGCAGGACAACUAUAGUAUUCACAAGUAGAUAAUAAUAGCAACAUUGAAAUACAGACUUGUUAAAAAUUUAUUGCAACCGUGGCUUCAAUAACAAAAUUCGAUUAGUUUUUUUAAUGCUUUGGUCAUCUCUGCAUUACAGCAGUGUCACCACUUAGCAGUGUCAUCACUUAGUAUUGUCACCACUAAGUAGUGUCAACACUAAGUAGUGGCACCACAAAGCAGUGUCACCACUAAGCAGUGUCACCACUA